ACCCCAAAAUGCAACGACCGAAACCCCCUCAACAAUAUCCUCAGCUCAUAGCCACGAAUGACAUCCUCACUUUAACAAAACACAACAUCAAAACCUUACGAAAAGCACGAAAUAACAUAGUCAGAGACGUGAAGCCCAAGGAUGCAACUUUCUCAACAGUAGUAAAACCUCUCGCCGAUGCCCAACACUCCAUCGAAGACUCUGUAGGCAUGAUAGCAAUGCUCAGAUACGCAUCUCCAGACGCCAACGCCAGAGCUGCUGCAGAACAAGCAAGAACUCUGUGGAACGCAGCCUUCAGCGAAUUCGCCGAUCGUCGCGAUGUCUACAUUUUACUACAAGCAGUUAAAGACCACAAUGAAGAUUUAGAUGCCGAGUCUGAUAAAUAUCUGGAUGAGUUGUUAGCUGAUUUCGUGCGCUGUGGGUAUGGUGUUCUGGAUGCUAAAGGUAUUGUAGAAUAUGUUGCACGAAGAAACAAAAUCGACAAACUGCGUGCAGAGUUUACCAGAAAUGUCAGGAAUUGCUCGCAAGGGAUUUGGCUAUCUGAGACUGAGCUGGAAGGUGUGCUGGAACAAGACAUUGCCCGCUUUCGCAGUGCGGGCGAAAAGCAACCAGAUAAAGACUCUUUCGACGGUGGCAAGACUUGCUUUGUUGCUCUCAACAAACACGAUGUUGCUGCUGUGUUGCAGUAUGCUAAAGAGUCUGAAGUCAGGAAACGCGUGUAUAUCGCCAAUGCCUCCAAGGUACCGGAGAAUCUGGCAAUCUUCAAAGAGGUACUUCUGCUUCGAGAUCUGAAUGCGCGUCAACUCGGCUAUCAGAGUCAUGCAGCAUAUCGUCUGGAGAACAGAUUGGCAAAGACCAGAGAGUGGGUUUACGAAUUCAUGAAUAAACUGGAAGCAACACUAUUGCCUCAAGGAGCGAAGGAUAUCGAACAACUGCAGGUCUUCAGAGCAUCACAGACCUCAAAAUACGAAGGUCAACCCGACCACACUGACGACAUGUUAGCUUGGGAUUAUCCAUAUUGGAAACGCCUGGCGCUUGAGCAUAUGUCCGUCGACCACGACAAGAUCGCCGAAUACUUCCCCAUCGAAGCAGUGGUGCCGUGUAUGCUUGAUUUAUUCUCUGAUUGCCUGCAGAUGAGGUUCGUCGCAGUAACUCNNCCCCCUGAUGUCUGGCAUCCUGAUGUCUCAGCUUGGGAAGUCUGGGAUGACAGACUGGAAGAGAAAAAUGAAUUCAUAGGAUGCCUAUAUAUGGAUCUCGUGUUUAGGGAGAACAAGCAUCGCGGAUGCCAGAAUGUGAAUCUCCAGCCUGUAAGCAACACCAUCAAGCGCAAGCAUUUUGUCGAUGGAAAGCGUAAGUACCCAGCUACACUGCUGAUGUGCAACUUUCCUCCCUUUACGCCUGUUGAAUCACCCUCCUGUAUCUUGCUCAAACAUAGUCAACUCAUUUCUCUCUUCCAUGGUAUGUGCAUUCAUCAUCUUACCCACCAAAGCGAAUUUAGGCUUACGCGAAUCUGCGAUANNGAACUCGGCCACGGCAUACACGACCUGAUAUCACGAACCACAUACUCGCGUUUUCACGGCUGGCGCUCACCACCAGACUACGCCGAAGCUCUGAGCAUCAUGCUCGAAAACUACGUUUGGCUGCCGGAAGAACUGAAACGAAUGAGUUGUCAUUACACAAGUCUUAAUACUCAACUACUGCACGACUGGCAAACCCAACACCCGGAUCAGAAACAGCCAACUGCAACUAUACCCGACCAUCUCAUUAACCCCUUGGUGCACAGUCAGUUCGCCUUUCGCGGUUUGUACAUGUUGCAGCAGUUAGCAGAUUCUCGAUUCGAUAUGGCUGUACAUGACCCCUCGAGCCAUCACUCCUGCUCAUCUCUCGAUCCCACGACGACAUACACCGACUACGAAGCAAAUCUCACACUCUUGUCAACGUCAAGUAGACAUGAGCGAGGCCACCCACAAACAGAUUUUACACAUUUGCUUGCGGGCUACGAUGCAGGAUACUACAGCUACCUAAGCGCGCAGGUGUUUGCAGCAGAUGUGUUUGCACGGUUUGCAGAAGCUCCGAGAGAUCGAGAGGUUUGGGAAAGGUAUAGACGUGUGGUGCUGGAGAGAGGUGCGAGUAUGGAUGAACUCCAGAAUCUGGAAGAGUUUCUUGGGAAACAGCCGGAUGCUGCUAGGCUUAUGAUGAGGCAUGAGAGUAAGGCCAUUGGCAUAAGU